AUGAAUACUCCUGUUCCUGAUUUGGUCAUCACAGGAAUGUGGCCAAAGCAGGAAAAUAGUAUUCAGAGGCAAGUCAUCAGAAAAGGAUACAGAACAAGCAGUUGUGGAGACAAUGAAAAAAUAAAACUAGAAGAUAAUGAAAGAUCCUCUUCAUCGUCACCCAGCAGCAGUUCUUCCAUUGUUGCAGAACAAAGGAGUUGUACCAUAACCUCUUCACCCAAACUACAAACCGAUGAAGACAUUGAUGAUGCCCAAAUGCGGGCAAAUUUAGAUGCAUUUUAUGAACUUAGCUCCCAGCCUGGAGAUGAUUUAUUUUCCCAUCAGCUUACUGAGAAAAUAUUGGAAUUAAAGCAGAAGAAACACUUAUAUGCCCUACGCAGCUUUCAGAUGGCAAAGAUUAUUUUACAUCAGGAGGGAGCAAAGGUUUUAGAGAACUGUGUCACUGAUAAUGUAUUUUCUUCCACUGGAGAGACCACCAAUAUAAAACCAGUGCCAGGACUUUCUGAUGAUGUGGUCAGGUUUCUAAAGAAAUCAACUAAAGAGGGACUUUAAAGAACAGCUCUACCCAAAAUAGAUUUCUCAGCUUUGGGUUGAGUGGAGCAGGCUAAGAUCUUUACUAUGGCUC